AUAUAUCGUCUCUAGGGAAACGCAAGUGUGACAGAGUGUUGACUGAGCUAUGUGUCACGCGAUAGUACUGUGACUUUUUGUUGACUUCCAGUUCUCCUUUGAUAAAGUGCUGAUUUAAACCUAGACAGAGUAAACAUUUGAGCGGUAAACACUAUCUAGGUUAAUGGAUAUAACGAAGACUCCUGGAACGUGUGUCUAUAGUUAAAGGUUGGAACUCUUAUAAGUCAUCAAGUUGGUUGAGAAUGGCUAACAGCAGGGAUGCCAGUGAGAGCACCCCUCUUUUGGACUCAUCGGUGAACAGACCUUCACCACCAUCAGUUUUCCAGGGAAGACGACUAGCAUGUGCAGCCAUCCUGCUGGCUGAAUCAUUAGAGAGGAUUGCUUUUUACGGCAUCACAUCCAAUCUGGUUCUUUUUCUCAAUAGCAGUCCUUUUUAUUGGGAGGGUACUCAGGCGAGUCAGGCUCCUCUGAUAUUCAUGGGAGUUACUUACCUGAUUUCACCAUUUGGAGGCUGGUUGGCGGAUGCAUACCUUGGGAAAUUCUGGACCAUUGCCUCAAGUUUGAUCCUAUAUUUUGCUGGCCUGCUGUUUUUCCCUUUCAUUUCAAAUGAAGGCACCAGGACACACCUGUGUGGAGAAGAGUUGGCGUUUCCUGUGCAACCUGCUGAGUGUCUGAGCACAAACAGUACCCCACCAAGCAAUGUAACCUGCCCUGUUCGUGCCCCAUAUUGUGGCCCAGUAGUCUACAGUGGACUUUUUUUAAUUGCAUUGGGUGUGGGUACUGUGAAGUCCAACAUCACUCCAUUUGGGGCAGAUCAGGUCAAAGACAGAGGACCAGAGGCCACACGCAGAUUUUUCAACUGGUUCUACUGGUGCAUUAAUUUGGGAGCCAUCCUGUCUCUGGGUGGUGUGGCCUACAUCCAGCAAAAUUACAGCUUUAGGCUUGGCUACAUCAUCCCAGCAGUGUGCCUCGGAGUCUCCUUCCUGGUCUUUCUCCUGGGCCGAACCGUCUUCAUCACCAAGCCUGCUGAUGGCAGCGCCUUCACAGAUAUGGCCAAGAUCCUGAGCUUCGCCUGCUGCUCCCAAAAACCAAAGGAACCCAACCUGCUCCGACACAAACCAACACUACUAGACAGUGCCAAAGUGACCUAUGGAGGAAAAUUUCCAGAAGAGAAAGUAGAGGAAGUGAAAGCCCUGGUGAAAAUCCUCCCAGUUUUCUUCGCCCUUAUCCCAUAUUGGACUGUAUAUUUCCAAAUGCAGACAACGUACGUCCUGCAGAGCCUUCAUCUGAAGAUUCCUGAUACUGCCUCGAACAGCACUGUUGACUCCCACCAGAUGACGUUCCGCUUCCCAGCUGCCUGGCUCACCAUGUUUGACGCAGUGCUCAUCCUUAUGCUGAUUCCCCUUAAGGACAAAGUGGUGGACCCCAUCCUGAAACGUCGCGGCCUGCUGCCCUCCUCUCUGAAGAGGAUUGCAGUGGGGAUGUUCUUUGUGAUGUGGUCGGCUGUGGCAGCGGGUAUUUUGGAGACCAAACGCCUGGAGAUCGUCAAAUCAAAUGGUACCAUUGACCAGGUGCUUGGCAAAGUUAUCUACCACGCAGCAGAUUUGCCCAUAUGGUGGCAGGUGCCUCAAUAUGUGCUGAUAGGAAUCAGCGAAAUCUUUGCCAGCAUUGCAGGUCUGGAGUUUGCCUAUUCUGCAGCCCCCAAGUCCAUGCAGAGUGCCAUCAUGGGGCUCUUCUUCUUUUUCUCUGGGAUUGGCUCCUUCGUGGGAUAUGGUCUGUUGGCUAUUGUCUCCCUCAAGGAGAUUGGCUGGAUGUCAUCCCACAGAGACUUUGGCAAUAUCAACGACUGCUCUCUGCACUACUACUUCUUCCUCCUGGCAGGGAUACAGGGCAUAACCUUGCUGGUCUUCCUCAUUGUCUCUGUCAAGUACGACAAGCAGAGGGGCAGGGCGGGAAGCCAAAGGCAGAGACAUGCCUCCUCUUGACCCCGACAUGUCCUUUGAACCCCACUCACCAUACCUGCCUUUUCCUGUCAUAUCACUCAGUGCCCAAAGACCCUGUUGAAUGGGUACUUACUAAUCACAUCCUGCAGAAGUUUGGGUUACCUCACAUGUGAUUCUGUCAUGACUAUAUAUAUCUUAUUUAUCUUGGUUUUAGCUUUUAUGUAGGAAUCCCUUUAUCUUUUUUUUUAAUAACAGAAAUGGUUUUACAUCACUGGGUGAGCGCAGAGGCACCACUGAAAGUAUAGAGAUCAAUGCAGGAGGCAUGUUUGAAUCGUUUCUACUGUAUUCCCUUACUCCUGUGUGUUUACGCCUGUUGCCUUUCUUUGAUCAUUUGCACUUGACUUGAGGAGUGGUGCCAUAACAAGAUGAUAUCUUGAUACUUUCUAAUCAUGGGAUGCUCAGUUGUUUUUAUGGUUAGAUUUAUUAAUCUUAUUCUUGGACUAAAGUCUUUUACUAACCAUUUUACCAACUUCGGUACGAUGCAUCAGUAUUUAGUCAAACCAGUCAUUUGAAUGGUUUCUGAACAUACAUUCUGAAAUGUGAAAUUGGGGUUUUCGUGCAUUAAAUGUACCUUACUGUCAGCAUUAUUUGCUGAUGACACUUACGCCCGCUGGCUUUUAGAGACUCUCAAAUACCUAUGCAACAACAUAGCUGUGAACACAUCAAAUGGGAGAUUAGUUUUAAUGCAGGAGGGUAGUUUUAUGUUUCAGUGUUGUUGCAGACUCCCAGAAAUGAUGUCUGUUAAUGUUGAGACACAGGAGGGCUUUUGUUAGAAAAGAUUCCAAAUGAGCACAAUUAUAUUUCUGUUUGACUAAUCUAAUAUUCAAAUCUAAUAUUGAGAGAAAAAGCAGUCUCUCAUAUUUGUUUCCACUGCCUGUGAUUACAUACUGUAAAUCCACAUAAAUCCAUCCUAUAAAUCUCAGAUAAAUCCUCAAACAGAACCAUGCAUAAAUAAUGAUAACUCCUAAAGUUAAAAAUACUCUCUGACUUUCAUGAAGCUUCACAGCAGUUUAAAAUUUCUGAUUAAGCAGCAAAAUCGCACAUAUCUGCAUGAUUAACAACUAAUUAGUAACUAACCUUAAACUCUUGAGUUUAGUUCUCAAAAUAUCUGUGGCAUUAAUGCUUGGAGUAUGAUAAAAGCAGUUCUGAACUUAAUGCAUAAAAAUUAAAAUCACAACCCAUUUACACUGACACCAUCUCUAUAUUUAGAAUUUAAUAGCAAAAUAAAUCACAACUUUCACAGUAUUUGCUGUUAAAACUUUUUAUAGUGUUAUCGUGGCUUUGCAGCUUUGCCAGAAAAUCUUGCAAAAGAAGCUUCUGUUUUCUUGUCAUAUUUAUUAGACUGUGAUGCAUUUGUUUUUAGCUUUAUACUGUUGAGAAUAAUGCUAGUGUGUGUGUGUUCCUUCAAUCCUCAGAAUAAGUAGAGCACAAGGUACUGAAUUUACUCUCAGGGCUUGAGGAAUGUGUCAAGUGACAUAACUCUCCAGGAAAUUUAAAACUGCCUUUGAGAGCUCUCGACGAGUGUUUAGCCUGUGGUGUAAAUAAAGUUACAUCUGUAACAGCACAUUAGAAGAAGAGGCUAUCUCACUGACGGUAUGUGAUGGCUUUUAGAUUGAUUUUAAUUUGUGUUUAAUUGGUUGGAUAAAUGGAUGUUCCUUGUUUUAUUGCAUAUUUUAUAUUUACUUGCUUUGUCAUCUCAGUUGAGUUUAUUUUGGAAUUAUAUUCUGUUUUCAUAAUGCUGCAUAGCUGGAAUAUUGUUUUGUGGUUAUAUUUGUGGCCAUUAAAGUAUAUUAAAUUGAGAAUUGGGUUUCAACCUUUGCCUAAAUAAAACAUGACUUGCAAAGCUUGUUCAGAUGUUACUUAACAAAGUGGUUGUAAAAAGCUUCCUCUUUAUUCUCCACUUUUGUUGUGCAUAUUUGUUAUUUUUUUCAUACAUGCCAGCACUGCUUUGUUACAGGCUGUGUGGUCUAAAGUUACAUGUAUAACUGAAAUAUUAGUGGCCUACUUUUGUUGUGUAAGUUUUUAAGUUUACUCCAGUAUUCACACGUUACUGAUAUAAAUAUUGUAUGAUAUUUUAAACACCAGAAAACAUUAAUAAGUUAGUGUGAUAACUCGACAGUGGUCGACCUUGUUGUUUACAUUUGAAUCACGAAUUGUGCCUCUAAAGCCUGCCAUGAUGCUUUCAUGAUUAGGGUUAUGGUUUGUUGCUCCUAAGGCAAGCUCAAAGUAGAGUACCUAAAUUAUUUAUAUUACAAAAAAUACACCCUGUGGCAGGCUGUUGCAAACACGCAGGUGUAAAACCUCAUUUUGCAUUCCCACUGGGGAAGGCAGCGUAUUUCUCCUUAGUUUCAUCAGCGGGAGAUUGAAAUCAACACGUCAUCACAGAUCUUUUUUUUAAUGUUAAGGCCUCCCAGCCAUGAGGCUCACAGAGGGCCAUUUCCUGUUUAAUUUGGUCAGAGAGCUCGCAUAACCGUGACUGAGCAGACAGCUUGAUGUUUUAAACCAACACAAUGCCUCCGGGUCAUAAUUCUAGUGUGGCGGCUUGUUUCUCAUGUUGAGAGGAAUUUCUGACACAUCCAAGUGGUUAUGGCGGCAGAAUUGCAAGGCAGUAACACUGAGAUAUAUAGUUUUGGUACUGGCCUUCCAAUAUUUUAAGUUGAUUUAUUGGCCAGGGUUUAAGCAAACAACAGUACCUUGGAGAGAACACCUCCUACAUAUAUUUAUACCUGCUAGUGUUCUUGUUUUUUUUAUAUUUGAGCUAAUGAUUUAUCAGCCAAGGUAAUGCAUAGCCUCUGAACUUUAAAAAGCUCUCAAUUUGAUAGAAUACAUUUUUAAACAGAAUUCCACUCUCUUGCUAUUCUGAUGGCAUGGGUUAGGGUUAGGUUUGGCAGUGCUAGUCUGUCGAGUCAUCACUUUGGUCGAGACUGAAGUGAAACUACUGGAUGGAUUACCAGACAUUCAUGGUAUCCACAGGCUGAAUCCUGAUGACUGAAGUAAUUUCCUGUAGCAUCAUUAGAAGUAAAGUAUUUACUUUCCUGUGAAAUAUCUCUACAUUAUUUGAUGGAAUGAGACCAUGGGACAAAAUGUUGGACACUUAUUUGCACUUUCCACAGGACAUAUCCUGAUGAUUUUGGUGAUCCCCUGACUUCUCUAGCGCCACCAUGAGGUUUACAAUUGUGUUUUGAGUGAAAUGCAGUUAGCUCAAAGCACUGCUGUACAGAACUGCUCUACAGUAUUAGAUUAACAGUAUUGCCAACAUAGUGUAACAAUAAAAAACAGUAACGCUUAAGCUAUGAUUGCAGAGUUCAGUCAGUCACAUUUACUUUCUCCAAGUAUCUUUUGUUUAGCAUUAACAAAAAAUGAAGUUGCUGUGUCUUUGUCCAUGUCCAUUAUAUUUAUUGCUUGAUUAAGGCCAAUAUCUAUGCUCUACAUUAAAUAGUUUUGUCUCCUCCCCGUCCACUCUAAAUGACUUUUUGGAGGCGUGUGGCAGUCUAACAUAAUCGACAGGAUGUUAAGCUGUUUUUAAUUGUAUUACAGUCUCACCUGUGUAAUGAGCAACCGGCAGAUGCUCCUUAAGAUGUUCCUCCAGUAAUUGGAGGAUUAGGAGGUAUCAUCACAUGUUAAUUAAGAUAAGCUAAUGCAGUCACAAUGUUUAAGAAAAUGGCCAAGCAGACAAAUCGCCCAUCUCCGAGUACUAAUCAUCAGCAUUUACAUAGACCUAAUUAUCUUAUCUGAGCUGUCUUUGUUGGUAGGCAUCCUGGAGCCUUUUCUGUGGGAGAUUCCAAAUGAGACGGUGUUGGACAAGAGACAAGUUGUUUAACUCAGGGUUGUUGUUUCUACACCAAUGAAGUCCUGCCGAGGAUAUGAGCUAUGGAAAGCAAAACAUGUGGGGCCUUUUACAAUCUCCUGUUCCAGAAAAUGAGCUAGUCUCGUCACUUGAAAGACUGUUUUCUGUGGCACUGAGCACAAUGGCAGGUUAAGGAUGUUCAUUCAGACAGAUGAUCUGUGAAAUAAGCAACCGUAAAAUGCUUUAACAACGUACAUCCAUCUGGAUUUAUGGCAUCAACCUUGGUUAUUAUGUGCAGGCCCUGUGGUUUAGAGCAUCUUAUUUGUACAGAAUGGGGCUUGACUCCCAUAAAACAGUACAGGUAUCAAGAUAAAUCAUUCUCAGCCACACUGAAGAAUACCAUCCGUGCCAGGUGUAUCUUGGUAGCCCUCUGACCUUCUAUUGUUUUCCAGCAGGUAGAAAAAUGCUCUGGCCUGUCUCAGAGCACUGGCUGAUAUGUUGCUCCCCUGUGCACAGUGUCCCGCUAGUCCUUCUGGGCCGAUAUAUCUAAAUGGCAAGGUUGGGUACUCAACUCAUGCUUCGCUAGCUACUGCUGUUAUGAGAGACACACCUCAAUUCUAGGGGCCAAAUAGCAGGUCCACACAAAGUUAACAGUUUAUUUGGGUGUUUAAGACUUGAUUUUAGGUGUAAGGUAAGAGGAUAAGGCUGGAGAUAUAUAUUUCUUAUCAUCAACAAAUACAAAUUAUAAGACCAAAAAACAUCAAUCUGUUGAUCCUAAAAACAAUUGCCUGUGCAGCCAAGGUCUGGUAUAGCUUAUUCCCCUGUGCCGUCGAUUUCCAUUGUUGUCUAAAAACUGUGGAAAACACAUCAGUGAGCCACACCUAUGCACAGCAGGACACGUUCCUCCACUACAAUGAACAUGGGUACUGUCAUUUAUUUUGAGUCAGUGCCACAUAAGCUGUCCCACUGCUGUAAGUACUAACUGGAGGAUCCAAUGUGUAUUAAUCCACAGCUAAAAAUAGUCCCCAAUGAAUACACUAUUACUUCUGUUAGGAGUAUCACCUUAGAAAUAUUGCCACUGACAGGGUGAUAAAGUCAGAAAAUAUUUCAAGAUGGACUAAUACUUUGUAGAUUUUUAUGUUUUCAUGGGAUGUAUAGACAAUAAGAAAGUAUAGAAUAAACUAAGUCUUUUACUUUAAGGUAAGAAUUAGGUUUAGCUUGUGGUAAGGGGCUAGGCUUGAAUGUAGUUGAGAAACAGUCCUUACAGGGAUAGAGAGGCAAGUUACUGUGUGUGUGUGUGUGUGUGUCUGUGUGUGCUCUGGUCAGGUGGGAGACUGUGUUUACAAGACACAGAUUUGGCACGAGGGUUUUGUUUAUGAACAGCGUUGUCUUUGGUGCCCUGUGGCUCCAUCUGUAGAAAUUGGUAAGACCGGAAUGUCAAGCUGACCUUGUCAGCUGCUCCUUCGUUCCUCUGCAGCAGCGUGUUUGUGCGUGUUUUGCUGCUGUAAAACUACUGUGAACUGAUUUUAAAAUGAAUUCAGAGGAAGCAACAUAAAUCAAGCAGCGAAUAAUCAUUUGGAAAUUGCAAAUACAGACCUGGCACAUUAGGACCACAGGGAGCACAGCCAACCAUUAGUGAGAGUUUGUUGGUCUCACAUCAUCAAUUUAAUUAAAAAUCCAUUUAAGAUGGAGGCCUGGGGAAGGUUUUUUUUCUUUUCCUUUCAGGGGAAGUCAAGACUUCAAGGCCAACAAAAAUGAGUCUUGAGUUACCAUGCUCCAAGAAUGGAAGUGAAUACAAUCAUUAUAUCUGCUGUUUCACAUCCUAGCAGGUAUGAACACGCCUAAGACCGGAGCCCAAGGGGUUGGAGACAGUGGGUCCUUAAUGGGCUGCUCUGCUGUUCCUACCUGAAGAGGCUGAAGCCACCGACGAUGGCCAUAGAAACAGAGUCGCAGUGGUGUAUUAAUUACACGGGGACCCCCAUCAAUCAUGCCCCUUGUGGCUGACAGAUAAAUCCCUCCCAGACCUACACUGGCUCCCCUCACCCUUCACAGUCCACAGGCUGAGCACAGCAGCAACAGUCCCAGCACACAGCACAUGCUGCACACAGACCCCGAUUCAAUCCCCUGCAGUCGCCAAUCGAGCCACAGAGGCAGGAAAAUCACACAGGAGACAGAAGACCGCACCACAGAAGAAAAAUAGAGAAACAUUUCAAGACAGAAAAGAAAUGGAGACAAAGGAGUGAGGAGGGAGAGUUUUCCCUGUGUGUGUGUGUGUGCACGCAAUGACUAAACUGAGGUCUUUGUUUUAGUUCGACCAUUUAGGAAAUAUACUCAUUUGACAGAUGAGAAGAUAAAAUGAGAUUCAUGUCUGUAUAGUAUGUAUGAAGCCACCAACCAGUUAACUUCGCUUAGCAUAAAGACUGGAAGGAAACACCUUGCCUGGCUAUGUUUGUGUCAGUUUUGCUCUUCACUUUUCAUGCAGUUUAAUUAAGGAGCUUUAGAGUUGAUGACAGGUGGAUUUUGUUGCCACCAGUCUUUAUGCUAAGUCAUUUAGUCUGCUGGCUGUAGCUUUGCCACAUAUGAGAGUGCGGUCAGUCUCCUAAUCUAAUGGAUCUAAUAAAGCAAAUAAGCUUGCUAUCCCUUAUUAUCUUAAAACCUGGCUAAUUAUCUUUCUAUUUGAACUCUCUUUGUUGAUUUUUUUGUCAGUGCUCUGGCUCGGCAUGCAGUGGUCUGCUAGCAGCACCCCUCAAGUAGAAAAGAGAAUCCGUCAACAAGCUACUUGAACUAAUUAAAUCAAAGUAGAAAAGCCACAAAACUUUCAUAGAGGUGUCUUAAGGGGCUCCAUUCAGUGCUGACUGUUGACAUAACUGAACUAAUCUAAAUGGCAUCCCUAAUUACACUCAAGGUAGUGCUACUAUUUGCUGAAGUAUCUCACCUCCCCUCUUCCAACCUAAUACUGUGAGCGUUGCUGAUUAACAAUCUGAUCCACACUGCAGCAACAGUUAACAUAAUGUGAACAUUUCUCUGCUUGAUGGAAAAUAAUAACACACAAAAAAACGCAAUCAGCCAACACCACUGUGAUGAUAAUAACAUUCACUGAACAAAAUGCAAUUUUUCAGCCGACUGCCUUUGUUUAGGAAGUUUUCAGAGAUGAUUAUUAUUUGUGCAAUUAUCUGAAUAAUAAAUGAUCCAUUUCUAAAAAGAAAACAUUUCCCACCUUGCCCGUAAUUAUCCCUUUUUGUAUCUGCAUUAUCCCAGGAGAUGGAGAGCAUAUUAUAUCCCAGUUUGGCCAUCAGCAUACUUCUCCUGGAGGCUUUGGGACAGAGGUUAACAAGACCUUAAUUGGCAUUUUCUUCAAAGCUCUCAAAACUUUAAACUAAGGGGGUGGCAGUAGGAAAUGUCACAUUAACAUGUUGUCCAGCCAUUGAGUUUAAAAGCCCCUUCACACACUGGCUGUCAUGUUAGGUGUUGAGGAGAUGAGAGUAUAAUGGCCGCUGACUUCCUCCACUGGCGAGCAUUAAAAGGGUAACAUAUACUGCGUUGUGGCUUGUGGAUAAAUUGCAUCUCAGAAAAUAUUUUUGAUACAAAGGUGACUAUAUAAUUGUACACCCCCUCCCACCCCCCACAUUCCUCAGCUGACCUGAAGACAUGAGAAAUGAAUAACUUUAUGAUGCUGCGGUCAAUAAAAGAUGAUACACGCUCUUGACAUUGUUGUGUAUUCCUUAAAUGUUAUGAAAAUACAAUAUACAGAGCAACAAUACAAUGCUUUGGAGACUGUUCAGUAUAUACAUAACAGGUCUUCUGCCGUGUUAAGGAGGAUGAGAAUGAACCAGACAGUUGUGCCUUUUUCUUUUUUUUUUUCCCAACGACAUGCAGAAAUUUCUCUUGGCUUGCUUUGG